UGGUUUAAAUAUGACGCAAAUUGAUUUAGAAAAAAAAGUUAAGACCCUACGGAAAUUGUGUUCUUUCAUAAAGAACCGAAAACUAAUAGCCAAAAGAAAAAACUUAAAAUAUCAACCAAAAUUUGCAUAUUUCAAAAAUCUUGAGUUUCUCGAAAAUGAUGUUGGACCUUACGAUUGUCCGAUAUGUAAAAAAAGAAUACAUGGUCCAGAUGCCUUUAAAGUACAUAUUGCCGGACAUGAUGGCUCAAUACCAUUUAAAUGUGACAUCUGCGGGCAUCGUUAUCAAAUUUCUUCUAAUUUAGCAGUACACUUACGUAGACAUGUACAAGACUACACCUAUGAUUGUAAGAUAUGCAACAAACUCUGCGCCACGUCCACAGAACUGAAGAUUCAUAUGCGUUCCCACACCAAUGAGAGGCCUUUUGUUUGUGAUUUUUGUGGGCACAAAACAGGAACAUCUUCCGCUCUUACUGCGCAUAAACGACGACAUCUGCAACAACGGAUUUACAAGUGUGAACUAUGUCCUAAAGCAUUCUGCCACAAACAAGUAUUACGACAACACACGAAAAUUCACAGUACUGUCAGAGAUAAAAUAUGCGAGAUAUGCAAUAAAGGCUUCAUUACCAACAAUAAACUACGUCAACAUCGUCUUAUUCAUGACCCGAGAAAAAGUAUUCUUGUAAAAUCUGAAAACGUUUUGCCAAUCUAGGUCUCUGUGGACAUAUGAAAUCGCAUGGAAACUUAAAUUAAAAUAAAAUAUGUUCACAGCCUAAAAUAAAUAAGAAAAAUAUGAUUCUUUAAAAAAAUUGUUGUUGAGGAUCAAUGAAUA